AUUAUUUGACCAUUUAAAAUCUCUUUAUUAGAAACAUUUUUAAAGAUAUUUCAAAAAGCCUUUUACAAUGGGUGACCUAUCAAAGGCAGUCAGGGUAUUUUGGAAAGAGACCUCAUGAUACUCUUAUAGUAGCUCUACCUCAUCUGACAUCAAGGGUUAUUUCAUCCAUUUUUCUGCAUCAGGAAAUACAAGAAACGUGGGAACUCAGGACAGCAAACAAGUCUAAGUCGUCGGCCAGGUUCAACUUGAAAUCGUCUCUCGAUUUUAAACUAGCAGUUACAAUGAAGUUAUGCUUUGUGUAGUUAACACCUUACAAAGUGAUUUAGUAAUCAUGUAAUUUCAAUUGCACCAUUACAAAAACAGAUCACUCCAUCACUUCUAAACUGAGAAAUUGUUGCCAAAAUGCAUAAAUAAUUUUUCAGCAAGUGAGAUAUGUCAUGCUUGGGCUAGUAGUUAAGUCUGACUUAACAGUUUACAGGGGAUUCUCUGAUCCAUGGGCCUUUCACUGAUACACAGUGAGAUGGAAACACGUGCUGCUGGAAGGGAAAGAUGCACUUUGGUCUUCUGAAAGCUGCUGCUGUCCAGUGCAUUCCUGGGUCCUGGCCCCUCAAACACUUUAUGGGUGUGUUGAAGAGGCAUUGUGAAUGGCAUUAGUACUGACUUGAUAACACUGUGAUAUAGAUUUGACAGUUCUAUAAAUGUAAAGAUAAUCAUAUAUGUUUUAUAGUUUAAUUUUGAGAUGAAGUUAAAUACAUAAAUAUAAAGAACAUUAUAUAAAGGAAUGAAUACAUUCAGGAUUGUUUAUUGUCAUUUCUCAGUACACCAGUGGAAGUACACAAGUUUAGAAGUGAUGGAGUGAUCUGUUUUUGUAACUGUGCAAUUAAAAUGACAUGAUUACUAAAUCAUUUGUAAUGUGUUAACUGCACAAUGAAUGUCUUCAUUGUAACUGCUAACUUAAAGUCACAAGACCAUUUCAAGAUGAACCUGGCAAGCUACCUAGACGUGUUUGCUGUCCUGGCUGCACACAUUUCUUGUAUUUCCCAAAAACGAUUGUUACUCUGGUUCCGAUGCAGCAAGUAAAACCACAAAAAGUACAAAGAAGACGAUAAUUUAAAAUACCUCCUACACAUAAGCCGAUUGCGUUUAUAUAAAGUAACGCUAGGUACGGAGUUAUCUAUGUAUAAGGUGACUCUGACAAGAAAUGAUAAUGGAUUGGGGAGGGGUGGCCCCAGUUACCAAUUUAAAACGAUAAUAUAGUUUAGCAGGAUACAUUUGCUUGCACGAUUGACGCAAAUUGGAUGAGAACUGUAAAUGCCUCCAACAGCACAUUAUCGAACUGAAGCCAGUACACCAGCAUACUUAAUACUCUGACACCAGAGUCAAUUACGCUCACUGAUGCAUCACUUUCAUCCAAGAUAAAAGACCAGUGAAUGGUUUGGGGGAGAGCGAUGACAGGUGUCUGCAUAUUAAAUGAAGUUAACUGAUGCAAAUAUGCUACAUCGAACAUCUUGAUGUCAUUUACCAAUCGCCUCAGCCCAUUUGAAUCCUGAGUGUCGUUUAGUCUACUGCUGUAGAUGGCUUUGUCAGAUAAUGUUGCCGUUUAUCAUGACGUGGUUGGAUCCACCUAUUGGCAAGGACGCAGUAUUUACUCUGAAGUUAAUUCAUUACUACACUUAUCGUUGUAUUGAUAAUGUUAUUUUAUUUCUAGUUGAACUUGGCGCCACAUCCCGAUAUCCUCCAUUUAUCACGUCUUAUAUUCAUGUCUCUUUUGUCGGGGCCGAUGAGUCAAGCACUUGUUUAUUGGAAUCCUUGCUUUGAUGUCCGAGCACAUUUACUCAUCAAUGUGAGGAAAUGUCCCAUAAAUACCCGGGCAUUCGAAAGGAGCGCUUCUUCUUUUUUUGUUCUGAAGAUGCUGGAAGCUGCAUUUUCAGUGGAGUGGCUUGCUCAGAGUAGUCAGAACAGCAAAAAAAGUCGGGAUGAGUAUGGCCAAGUGUUUCGAAGUGGACAUGCGGCGAGAUAUGGUGAUUUCUGCGCGACUGAGAGGUCACACGGGGAAGUCACAGCGAGAUCUACUAUAGGAAGCGGUAGGUCACUAGCCACUAAUAACCAGGGGACCAAAACCCAGCAGCGAUCUCUGGCAAUACGAGCUCGGGCCGCCUGCAACAGCAGCAGCGCCUCAGGAGGCGCGGACACCGAGUCCUCCGGGAGCGGCGAGUGGGCGGACCGCCGGCGCCUUCGGACCAUCUUCACCGCGGAGCAAGUGCGCAUGCUCGAGUCUAGUUUCGAGCGUCAGCAGUAUCCGGGCACCUUUGUGAGGAGGAGCCUAGCAGGGGAGCUCCGCCUAUCAGAGACGCAGGUCAAAACCUGGUUUCAGAAUCGUCGGAUGAAACUCAAGCAGCAGCUUCAGGUUGCUCAGGCUGAGGCACUGAAGUCCAGACUGCUUCUUCAGUAUUUCUCCCAUCCAUAUCACUCUGCUCACAGCUUUCCUUAUGUGGUAGAAUCCAGCUUUUUCCUUCAUUACCCUGAAUUUGGACCUCACCCCACCCAGACUCCUAUCUCGAAUCACCGCUUGCUGCGCUUUGACUACCAGCUAGAUCUACCUCAGACCUCGGGUCACUACUAGUCAACUGCACCCACACCUCGUUAUCUAAGAUUAAAUCUAUGGCAAUAUAUUGCACACCUGACAGAAUAGCUGUGAACAUUCUUUUAUUAUGUCAUUAUAAUAUAUUUAUUUUUUAAAUCUUAUAGACUAUUUUUGGAGUCGUAUGUAGUAUCCUGCAAUGGAUCACAAAAUUCUCAACAGGAGCUAACUGUGUGUAAAUGAAUCUAAAUUCGGUUGUUGUAUUGAAGGAUGUGUUUUGAUGCACAGUCCGCUAUAUUGAAAUGUGUAAUACUUUUCAAUGUACAGCUUUUCAAGCUGUCUUAAUACAUUGGAAACUGUAAGUCUCUACCUCUUUCCUAAAAUGGGUCACAAUAUCAUCCAUAAGGGAUAAUAUUUGGAGCUACUUCUGUGGUUUGCUUUAACUAGUUUAGUCAAUUCUAGUAAUGUUUUUGACCUUUCAAAUGUCUUCAUGGCAUCCUGCUAUCUUGUCUGUAGAAAUCAAUUGCAAUUGUUUCUGCAAAGGAGAGAUUUUUCGUAUUAUUCUCACCAUUAUUGUCGCUGCACAACAGUGGGGUGGAAAGCACAGACAAAUCACUUGUGCCUUGAACACCUAUGCUGCUAUCUUCAUCUAAGAACUAUACCUCAGUAUAAGUCAGGAAAAGUAUCUUUUUUUGUCAUCAUAAUUGUCAGCUUUUUCAUCAGUAAUUACAGCAGCAGUUAACAUUAUUUACACUGAAAGCUACAAUUGUACAAGGAAGUAUUACAAAUAAAAAUGUAAUUAUCUUUGGUGUAUAUGUGAUGUUUGAUCACAAUUAAACUGAGUUCUGACUGGUGUUUCAUUAAAGUCAGUAUAAUGUUCUUUCCCUUUAAUUAUUUCCACUUAUAAUGCCAAGUAUCCCAUAUAUAGUCAAAGAUUCACAUGCAGCUCUGCAGCCACUUGAAAACUGACCACUUUACAUUGCUUCAUCUCAUUCUUAAUUUUUUUCUACAUUAAGUUUCUUACACUAUAAAUCUUUCUUUGUCCUCCUAAAUUCUAUAACUAAUUCUAUCAGCUCACUUCAUUUCUUGUAUUUUAUGCCAUCAGGAAACAUCAAAAUUCUGUUCUAUAUUCAAAAAUUGAA